GAAAAGAUUCUCCCGGUAGUAGGUGUCUGCUUGUGGGACACCGACUUGGCACAAAUAGCUGUUGUAUUCUUCGUCUGACACUUAUUCCAAUAUUUCACGAAGAAAUAUUCUUUAUAUAUAUAUAUAACAUGUCCGCUGUUACUCGUGGAAAAUUUAUGUAUUUCGCUUUUGGAAGCAACUUGUUGAAAGAAAGACUGCAGCUGGCCAAUCCCUCUGCGAUAUUUUUCUCUACGGGUCGACUGAAGGACUAUAAACUGAACUUUGGCCUUUGGGAGCAACACGUGGAAAGUGCAUGGCAUGGUGGAGUGGCCACCAUCGAGUCCUGUCCAGGCGCAGAGGUGUGGGGGGUUAUCUGGACUUUGAGCAAUGAAAACCUCAGGAGCUUGGACAACCAGGAAGGAGUGAGCCUCGGACAGUACUCUCCAAUAGAGGUUUCCGUGGAGACUGGUCAAGGCACAAUGCUCUGCAGGACAUAUCAGAUGAACAAUUUCCACGCCUGUCCUCCUUCACCUCAGUACAAGCAGGUGGUGUGUCUAGGUGCAGAGCAGAAUGGGCUCCCAGUGGAAUACCUGAAGAAUCUGGAGGCUAUUAAGACCAACAACUAUGAGGGUCCAUCAGUACUUGAUGAAAUCAGAGACGUCUUGAAGUAGAGAUCGAAACUUUCUUGAGCUUGGAAAAGAAAAAAAAAACCCUUGCUCUGAGAAUACAACGAGCAGGACAUAAGCUCUGUGGCGAGGUUGGCUCUAUCCAAUUAAAGACUUCUGACCAAAAAAAUUAUAAGAAUUCAACAUAACCUUCCUUUCAGAUUCUGCAGCUUUUAACUGGAUCUAAGUUGUUUUCUACAUUCAUCAUGUUAUAGGUAACAGUAAUUAACUGAACGUACAAAAAUAUCAGAGGGUUAAAGAUUGUGAUGUGAUUUAUUAGAACAGAAAAUCUCAACUCAUUAUUUUUCUGUCGAGACUGACGUACAGCAGAACUAGCUCCACGGUGUGGCCUGAACUUAAUAAUGCAUGCAUUUCAUUAUCUGACGUUUGGCUGGACCAAACAUACACCCAUAAACAAAUAAAAGUCAAAUGUGUGUCAGGCACAAAACAGAUAAGGUGCAGUGUUUUUUAGGGGAAUAUUAAAACUGAUGAAACAUCA